CAGGCACACCUUCCUGUUUCAGACACUUCAGCUGCUUCAUUCAUCUCUAACAGUUCACGGAGUCACAGCAUGGAGGUCACCCUGCUGUUUUCUGCUGUCGUGAUCGUUGCCUUUGUGGUUUCAGGAAGCAACGCACAGUCCGAUGUUUGUGGCACUGCGCCGCUCAACACCAAGAUCGUGGGAGGUGAGGACGCUCCUGCAGGCGCGUGGCCCUGGCAGGUCAGUCUGCACCGCUCCAGUCAUUUCUGUGGAGGCUCCCUGAUCAGCGACCAGUGGGUCCUGACUGCUGCUCACUGCUUCCCAAGCACGAGCACAUCCGGUCUCAUCGUUUAUCUCGGGCGUGAAAACCAACAGUCCCUGAAUUCGAACGAGGUGGCCCGGUCUGUGUCCCAGAUCAUCAACCAUCCGAACUACAACAGCGGCACACAAGACAACGACAUAUCCUUGUUGAAGCUGUCCUCACCUGUCGCCUUCACCAACUACAUCAGACCCGUGUGUUUGGCGGCAGAUGGCAGCACCUUUGACGCCGGGACGACUACCUGGGUCACCGGAUGGGGAACAAUCCGAUCUGAUGGAACCCCCCUUCCCUUCCCUCAGACGCUGCAGGAGGUGAGCGUUCCCGUCGUGUCCAACAGUCAGUGCUCCAACGCCUACGAAGAAGUCGUGCCAAUCACGAGCAACAUGAUCUGUGCCGGUCUGGACGAGGGAGGAAAGGACACCUGCCAGGGGGAUUCAGGCGGCCCGAUGGUGAGUAAAAGCGACUCUAGGUGGGUUCAGGCCGGAGUGGUGAGUUUUGGAACAGGCUGCGCUCUGCCCAAUAUCCCAGGAGUCUACGCCCGAGUGUCCCAGUAUCAGUCCUGGAUCAGCAGCCAGGUCACCGGCAGCCAGCCGGGCUUCGUCAGCUUCUCCAGUUCGGGCAGCGGUUCAACGUCCGGAAGUGUUCGACUGGUUUCCUUCUCGGUUCCUCUGCUGCUGUCCGUCUUUCCUGUCCUCCUCUCUCUCUUUGUCCUUUCAUAGACGUGUCAUGAUGCUGCAGGUCAGAUGAAUGUAACUGUGUCUGUAUGACUGCCUCAUAUUUAGAGACAUUCUCCUCAUUUUGUCUUUAAAAUGUCAGAAAAUAGAAAAAUUAUAUCCAACUUUUAACUGCACAAAAAUGCACUGACACAUAAAAAACUGUUCAGAUGCCUUUUUAAAAUAUGAAUUCAUCAUUUAAUAACAAAUUUAAGAAUUAAAAUGAAUCUUUAAAAGACGUUUUUAUUUCAUGCCUCGUUUAAAUUCAGUUUUUACUGAUCAUUUUCUAAAAGCAGUUUGAUCCAUGAAUGAGGUUUGAAAUGAUCAAGUGUUCAAACAUGAUUUAUUUUUUCUGUAUGUUUGGAUCUUUUUUUAUGGGCAGAUUUGCACUGAUGGUGAAUUUUAGAAGUUUAUGAACUUUAAUCUGUGACGGCUGUGUUAAUGUUUAUGCAGAAUUAAUUACCUCUUUAAUCAGAUUAAAGGAACAAUAUGUAACAUUAUAUAGACAGCACUGACACCUAGUAGUGAAAAUAUGCACUGCAGUCCUUUACUCUGAUAAUUUUAUGAUUUAAUACAGUAAAUGUUACAAAAUGUUCCUUUAAUUAAUUUCUAUUAAUGCUGUUGAUUUUUGUACUGAGGACCUGAAACGCUGAUCAUGAAGUACAAAUUAUAAUUAUUACAUACGCAAUAAUGUCAAAUAUUAGAAACAUCUUUCAGUGAGUUGAACUAUCACAGAAAAAAAAACAUUUUAACACGAUCUGUGUAUUUCUGUUUGUGACUGUUUUAUGCGCAAUAAAUGCUUUUUUCUCAAUAUUCAGAGUUUUGAUGCUGAAAUAUAAUUUUAAUGUCCGUCUCAGAGACUACGUCCAGGUUUUAGACAGUCUGUGGGGACGUCACGGAGACUACGUCCAGGUUUUAGACAGUCUGCGGGGACGUCACGGAGACUACGUCCAGGUUUUAGACAGUCUGUGGGACGUCACAGAGACUACGUCCA